ACUGAGCAGAGGUGGGGACAGAGAAACGCUCAGAUCCAACAUACAGCUGAACAGCAAACAGUCUUUAAAAAAACCUGGAGCUUUCCUUAAUCCUCAGCCUCAUCUUUUAAAGAGGAAACUUUACAGGACCUUCAUAAAUAUAAGAAACAUGACAGAGCAUGUGCUCAGCAGGGAUCGGACGGUCUGAUAUCGGCAGACUGUGAACUGGCACAGUGUGAGACAGAGGUCAGCACUUUACUGCAGAUUAUCUCUGACCUCAACAGGAAGAUGGACUCAUUAAUACCACGAGAAACCAAAGCAUGUGAAGCUCCGGUGCAGGUCAGUGGGUGCGUUAUACAGCAGAGUCUGACGUCUCCAGCAUGCAGCCUCACAGUGGUGGACACUGGCACAACAUCUGUGGACCAUGAGACCAGGAAAAACUCCAAGAGCUCAGAAGGGGGCAGCAGUGAUCCUUGGGCAGAACUGCAGCAAAUUCUUGUUGCUCUGGAGACGUCUAGUGGCCAGGGGAGGAAGAUGCUCAAUCUUCAGUCUCAGGAUGCCGAGAGAGUCCAGGCCAAUCAUCUGUCUGCAGCCCAAGAGACCUGGGUUCAUGCCACACAGGUGCUGGAGGAGAUGGAGAGUGAUCUGGGGAUCACAUACCCCUCUGCUCUGCCCCCUGAUGAGAGACGUCAGUAUCAGCGGGACACCCUCUCACUGUACAAACAGAACCAAGACCUCAGCGCCUCCUUGAAGAGCCGUCAGGAAGAACUUAAGGGGGCUGAAAUGACUUUGGUGGACCUUGAAGACGAGAAGAAGUGGCUACAGCAAAAGUUAGCGGAUCUUAAGAGGAAAUGGAUGUACCGAGUGAGUCAGUCUCCUCCUCUUAGUCCAUCACUAUCCUCCAGUCGAACCCCGAGCCCUUGCUUCUCCUCACCCCCAUAUCCUGGAUCUCCUCUGCUGCCCCGGAAGCUGUCUAGCUCCUCCCUGGACUCCCCUCCGUCCCCCCAAACUGUUGAUUCUGUGCUGCAGUCUGAGAUUGACAAACUGCAGAGGUGUUUGGAGCGUCUGAAAGCUCGAAAUGAGCGUCUGAACGCUGCUCUGUUCAGGAGGAAAGGAGAAUCAGAACAGCUGAGUAUGAGUCUCAGCCGUCACGAGGCCGACAGCUCCGCUCUACACAUGGCUUUAACCUACUGUGAGGAGUGUGAAGAGGCUUACAGUGACCUGUAUUCCUUGUACGAGGCCAAACUACAACCGAACGCAGAUGCAUUUAGACCUCAGUCUGACCCCUCAAUGUCAAGGGUGGAAAAAAUAGACAGAAGUAAGUUAUCCUCCAGUACACCAGAGGGCACCACUGAGCCAAGACCAGGCAGUUUGUCAGAUGAGGAGUUUGAAGAUAAGACAGGUGUAAUUCUGCAGAGGAUCUCCAGGCUGAAGCAGGACAAGGCGGCUGUGUGUAUCCCACAGCAGGGCGAAGUGGGUGAGGGCAAGAUCAGCCCUGACACUGGCACGCUUGCAGGGGUCAGAGGUCGCACCAAUUCGCUUUCCAAAAACACCAAACAGGAGAAAGCUGCUCUGAUGUAUGAACUGGUUACAGUCAGGGAUGAGAUGUCAGAGCUGCGUGGGAACCUCAGGCUUCUGGAUAAGGACAGGAGGUGUUUGGAGUUGGCGCUGAUGGUUCAGAGUGACCUGGACUCCGCUGAAGCUCUGAUUCUGGACAGUCUGAGAGAAGAGCUGUCAGAUAGGAGAGCCACCCAACAGAGAAUUGCUGAAAAUCGAGUAAAACUGGACAGUGGAGGUGGGAUACCAGGCCCACGCAAUCAAUCUCUCCUGAGAGAGCUACAAGCAGCCCUGCAGAGAGAGCAGGCGAUGAGGAAGAGGGUGACGGCUUUACGUGAAUCUCUGGACUCGACGCUUACAGACAGCACUACCCAGAGGAGAAUCAACCGAGAUGAGAUCGCACGCCUGACACUGCGAUUCAAUAAGAUCUUAAGCACCUACAGGAAUUCCCGUAAGAAACACCAGGAGCAGCUGUGGCGGCUGGAGAAGCAAAUCUUGUCCAUGAGUGAACGUUAUGCCACUCGAGAGGCCGGGCUGAGUGCCACACUAGAGGCUAUGGAGUGCAGGAAAGAAGAAACAGUGCUGUAGAUAACUCUCUACUGUUCAUAUACACUGUAACUUUCAAACUGAAAACAUUGGAUGAAUUAACCCAUAGACUUAUACUGAAGGAGAAACCUAUACUAUGUAUAAUUAUGUGCUGUAUCUUAUUUCAAAGGCCACAUCAUCUGAAUUUCGCAUUUGUCAGCCACAUACAUUAUCAAGGUGGUCUUAUUUCAGUUGUCUUAUAUUCAGAAAUGACAGUGAUUAUCAUUGAUGUGGGUAACGCAUUACAAGUAACGUGCAUUUUGUAAUAAUAUUACUUUUCUUAAGUAAAGAGUGAAGUUGCGCAUUACUUUAUAAAUGUAUACAUUAAAGGAGUGGUGAAUCAAAAACGCAAUUUUAGCUUGAUAAUUUGUUAUAUAAGAAGUCAUCAUACUUAAAUGAACAUCCUGCAAGUUUCAGAACUGAAAACGUCCGUGCUACUGAAAUAUAAUCGUUUUUGGCACCAAGCCAGCUAAACACUCCAGUGUGGAAUUUCGGAAAUCUAUGACGUCAAAGUAGAAUUGAAGCACCUCCCCAUAGCCAAAUACAAGGACCACUUUUGUAGCCCCGCCCACAGCUUCGCGUGACACACGUGUGUCUCAACAAUCAUUAAACAUGUCUUUAAAGAUUGCCAAAUGUAACCAAAAUGACUUUUUAAUACAUUUUUUCUGAUAGACUUUAAUUUACACGCGGUGAUCUGUUAUGAUAGAGAAACCAUGGUAACAAAGUCUUGGGUUGUGGAAGAACCGCGUGGGAAUAACACAGAAGGCUGAAUACUUUAAUUAGGAGGCUCGGAAAAUAACAUUAGGAAUGCGUGGAUAAAGGUUAUUUUUGAAGAGUUCCAGCUCGCGUGGGGAGUGUUUGAUUAACUUGUGUACUGUGCGGAUUCACUUGUAAAGAAGCAAGUCGAUGCUGGAUUUGCAAAGAGACUGUGAUUAAAAGCACCACUAAUGUUGGAUCUGACGAAAAUGACACAGCAGUAUACACAGUAUGUAAAACAUUUUACUUUAUUUAAGUUACUGCGUUUCACUAUUGCUUUGUUAGAAGAGAUCGCUUGAUAUGUCCUGUUGUAACAUCCGUGUCUAAACACGUAUGUUUGACUGUUUUAAUUUACUAAAAACAUUAAACGAUUAAUAAAGGUACAACCCUUAACAAUACGAUUGUAAUUCAACGGUAGAAAUAUGCAAAGGAAGGACUUAUCCUCCGCAAUUUAGAUUCUGAUGCCCGCUUACUGUGUUGUAUACAGUAAUUUAGGCAAGUUGCGUUUUAACGGUCAAACACUCAACAAAGCUUUUUUAUCAUAUAACUGUGGUAUGUAAUGUUACGUGUAUCUAAGAGCAACCUCACAAGCACAAUAGAAAUAUACAAAGUUAUUGAUAAGAGCUUAUCAGCUGCAGUUUAUAAUCUGAUGCGCGCUUACUGUGUUGUUUACGGUACUUUAGUCACGUUGAGUUUAAAGUUUUGUUUCUACUUUACUAUACGGAUUGUCAUUUAUGUGUAUCAUCUUUAGCACCCAGAAUCUUUUGUGGCUCAAACAUAUGUGGUCGGCUGUUAUUUUCACACAUUAAUGUUUUCAUAACAUUUCCCCACAUGUAAUGAUGGGGAAUGAAGCCGUCAAAUCAUAGCAGUGGGUGUUUACGUCCAGGUCUUCAAUGCGGCCCGCUCCUUCAAACAAAGCUUUUCUCCAGAGAUCCACCAAUCCAUGUUACAAAAUAGCCAAUUACUUACCUAUUACCUUGUUUUUGAUGUUUUUGAAUGUAAAAACCACGCGAACAUCAUAAGUAGACCUCAGACAACAGUAUAAAACAAUAAAAUCGACAAAUUCACCGCCCCUUUAAUAUGAGAGUUACUUUUUUGAAAAAGUAAUGCAAGUUACUUUUCAGUUUAAUCAAUUAGAUUUAAAAAAUAAUAAUUUACUGAAUUAAACUCAACGUAGUCACGUAGAAUUACGCAGUCUAUUGGCGCUUUUCCAUUGCAUAGUACCCCACGGUUUAGUUUAGUUUGGGUCGGGUCAGCUUACUUUUAGGAGCUUUUCCAUUGGGUGCAGUACGUAGUACCCGAUACUUUUUUUCGUACCACCUCGGUUGGGGUUCCAAGCGACCCGAGCUGAUACCAAACGUGACGCGAAAACACUGUAGAUCACUGAUUGGUCUGAGAGAAUCGUCACGUCAUCGCUAUAAUGUAAAUAUUAGCUUUAGCUUACUGCUAGCUUGCGCUGUCUCAAGCAAACAUGUUGUUAUCUAUGUUCUGCUAUAAGUUUCCAAACACCCUUUUAGCGAUGAAAAACAUCCGCAGGUUGAGAAUCCGGGACACCAUAACAGUUUUUUCCAGACUUGCAGUGUGUGGCGGCACAUUCGCGACGUGCACGUCCGCAUUAUAUAUGCUUAAAUGCAACUUGAAUGAGGCUCAGCGGAGCGCCGUCGCCUGACGCCACGGGUUGGGUGUUUGAACAGAAACUGUCAUGUGAGACAGAGGUAGUGAUAAACGCGAUGUGCAAACAUCUAUCUGUGGUGGCCAAUUUUAAUUUUGUGGCAGACUGAGAAAUAAAUGAAUGGGAAUGUACAACAACGCUCUCACUUGUAUGAUGUCACAGCAGUAGGCAGCGUAAAUAUAACGACACGCCUAUAAUCCCUCCCACCCCGAAGUGAUACUAAACUCGAUGGAAAAGCUAACCAAGCCAAAGUGAGGUGAGCUGACCCGACCCAAACUAAACUAAACCGUGGGGUACUAUGCAAUGGAAAAGCGCCAUAAGUGUGCGCAGAACAUCUCAGUAACACCUACAAGGCCUGAAAGAGAUCAAGCCUUAGCCAAGUAAGAAAAAGUAAAAACGUAGAAAAACGCAAAAGUAACUUAAGUAUUACUUUCCAUGAAAAGACACUAAGUAAAGCAUUAGUAACUUUGUAAUGCAUUACUUUUUAAAGUAAAGAUCCCCAACUUAUGCUUUAAAUAAAUGCUUUUUUUAAAUUAGUAUUCGACGAAUGCUAACUUUGAAGGAUGGAGACUUGGGGGUGGGGCUAGAACCUAGGAACACCCUAACAACCAAACAAAACGUUUUAGUGAGAAAAUAUAAAAAAUGUUGUUUGUUGAUGUUUUGGUGUUGUUGAUGAAGCAGUUUUUUUUAAAUUGUAGUAAAAUUGCGUAAAUAAAGCAGGCAAAUGCGUUUGUUUAAAAGUGUCAUGUUGAAAGUAAAGGCUCAUUCACGCCUUUCUAAAACGCCUCAUUCAAACAUAUCUACGUCACUGUGUGGGAAAAUUUGCAUAACACCGCCCAAAUGUAUUCACAAAGAAAGAGGGCGCAACUUUUAUUCUCGCUGUAGAAUCAUUGCCACCGUUGCCAUGUUGUGGAGACGCUGUGCUUUGGGAGCUGAUAUUCCAAAUAUGGUAAGGGGCGUAACAUUUCCGUCACACGCUUGAGGUAUUUGGCCAUUCACAAUGCACUGUAUAGCUGGCCAAUCAGAGCACACCAUGCUUUUCAGAACAAUGAGCA